UGGCAAAAAUCACAAGGAUGCCGCGUCCGUACGAGCCACGCAUCCAAUUCCUGCUGCCUGUGGGAUCUACUAUUUUGAAGUCAAAAUUGUCAGUAAAGGUCGUGAUGGGAUGGGACAAGCACUCAUAUGGUUACCAUGGAGAUGACGGGCAUUCCUUCUGCUCCUCCGGGACUGGCCAACCAUACGGUCCAACUUUCACAACGGGUGACGUGAUUGGCUGCUGUGUUAACCUCAUCAACAACACUUGCUUUUACACCAAAAAUGGCAUCAGUUUGGGUGUAGCUUUCACAGACCUCCCUCCUAAUUUGUACCCUACUGUGGGGCUUCAAACUCCGGGCGAGAUUGUCGAUGCAAACUUUGGACAGCAGCCAUUUGUCUUCGACAUUGAGGACUACAUGAGUGAAUGGAGAGCUAAGAUCCAUGGGAUGAUCGCUCGCUUCCCAAUAGGAGAAAGGCUGGGUGACUGGCAAGCUGUCCUGCAGAAUAUGGUGUCGAGCUACCUGGUCCACCAUGGAUACUAUGCCACUGCCACUGCUUUUGCCAGAGCAACGGAGACCAUGAUACAAGAAGACCAGACAUCUAUAAAGAACAGACAAAGAAUACAAAAGCUGGUGCUGGAAGGGCGUGUGGGUGAAGCCAUUGAAGAUACUCAGCAACUUUAUCCUGACCUGUUAGAACGCAAUCCAAAUCUUCUGUUCAUGUUGAAGUGUCGUCAGUUUGUGGAAAUGGUAAAUGGUACAGACAGCGAGGUUCGCUGCUUGACCAUUCGCUCCCCCAAGUCCCAGGGAAGUUACCCUGGUUCCCCCAAUCUUAGCCCUCGCCAGGGGGCUGGAAAUUCACACAUGCACACUGGAGGUGUAGACAGCCCAACAUGCAGUAAUGGGGUGACUCCCUCCAAAAAAUCAAAGAGCCACAGUAGCAUUAUUAGCAGCAACAUGAAAUACCCCAGCACGUCCUCCUCAGCCUCCUCAUCCACCUCCUCCUCACCUUCAUCCAUCAACUACUCUGAGUCUAAUUCUUCUGACUCCACCAAGAGCCAGCCACACAGCAACCAAGAAACCAGUGACAGUGAGAUGGAGAUUGAAGCGGAACACUACACUAAUGGGGUUGUUGAGGGCUCAACCACUCGUAUCAUGAAUGGCACAUAUAAACACCAAGAGAUACUUCAGCCAGAUGACAACAGCAUUGGUAAUGGUGUCACAGGAGAGGAGGGUUAUAGAAAUGGCAGACAACUUUGUGGAGGGAACCAGGCAGCUACAGAGAGGAUGAUACAAUUUGGAAGGGAACUUCAGGCACUGAAUGAAAAGCUGUGCCGGGAGUAUGGCAAGAAUACAACACACAAGAAGAUGUUGCAGGAUGCAUUCAGCCUGUUAGCGUAUUCUGAUCCGUGGAACUGCCCUGUUGGCCAGCAGUUAGACCCCACACAGAGAGAGUCACUCUGCUCCGCACUCAACAGCGCCAUACUGGAGUCCCAAAAUCUGCCAAAGCAGCCUCCUCUGGUGUUAGCGCUGGGCCAGGCAACAGAGUGUGUACAGCUUAUGGCCCGGGUCAGGUCUGGUUCCUGCUCCUUUGCCAGAGUAGACAACUUUUUGCUCUAGCUUUUGUGUGGGUUUAUGUUUAGUUGCACUGAGAGAAAGGAUGUGUCCAGCAGGUGGUUGUCAUGGCUCCAGAGAAGAAAGCAUGCGUGUGAUUGGUGUGUUUGGCUGACUCUCAGCGGCGGAGCUGGCAGUCCAGACAGAAAAAGCAGAGAGAAGAGUAGAAAAGAAAGCUUCCUUUUUAAUUUAGUAUUAUCAAAUAAACGUGUGACGUUAUUUAAAUAUUAAUUAAUUAUAUUUCUGUUAAGAUAGACAUUUUUUGGUCAGAUUGUAGUGCUCAUCUCUGCCAAACAAAUAGUCAUUCUCCUUUUUUGCUCUUUGUUGGUAGAUUUUGACUCCCAACAAUACGUUUUUGACAGGUUUAAAUUUUGAGCUUCACCAUAUCUUAUGCCACACCGCCCACAACUGGUUACCAUGGUGACCCUCACAAUAGUUGGUCAUUAUUACAUCAUCCUGAAUAAGAUACAAGUGCCCCUGAAAUAUACACUUGGACUAGUAACCUUUUCACAAUGCAAUGCAAAGCAGAACACUGUUACUAUGCUAGGAAAACAAAAUAAAAGGGGUGAAAAGUUGUUUGCUCACCUAGUGUUGACGUUCAAAAGCUCCAUCUUAAAAGACCCCUGCCCCCAAGUAUUAGAUUUUAAGCAGUUUCUAUUUCAUACCAGCAGUUUUGUAAUGGACAGUGCUAUUUAAAACAAUUUUACUGUUUUCCGCCCCCUCCCAUUCACACUAAUCAGAAGCCUCAAUUUAAAAAAAAAAAAAAAAUGUAUAAGCAUAAAUUGCUUCAAUGCUACAUGGUUACUGACAACUGAGGACAUGUUAUUACUUUUCAUAACCAUCCUUAGUCGAAAGAAAAAUAGAUGACAAAAGACAUGUACAUGUUUAUUCAAGUGAAGAAUAAGCAUCAAUUUAUGUACAAAAUUUUUCGAAAAAUUAAUAUAAACUGCACCUAAUAAUAACAUGAAAAAGUUGUGCUUUUACCAGUUCCCAUCUGCCAGAAAUGUUGUUUGUAACUGACAACUUGAUUUUCAUAUUUUACAGCCAUAAGUCCCUGUAUUGUAUUCAACGGAAAAAUAUCUGGCUUAUUUUGUGGUCAUGUACAACUUGUGUUACUGCUUCAGCAGUGGUAUGAUCAUUUUCACACAUUUAGUCACACAUGAAAAACAAAAUGAGUUGACGUGGUGGCGCAGUUUAAAUAAUUAGAUUCUAUAUUCACUAUAGAAUAAAUAUAGAAUCUUCAUUUCCUUGCACCUCUGUGAGUGCUUUUUUUUUGUCUUCAAAUUAAACAUUCACAAAUCUGUCGUGGAAAAAAAAAUCACAUUAAACACACAUUACAAAACAUUACUUUUAGUAGAAUACAACAAGCUAUGGAUAUUUUUUUGAAAUAAAAAAGAGGUUUUUGGGUCUUUCCAAAAGGGGUGGUUAUUUUGUUACUUUCAAAAUAGAAGUGGAAUUGAACUUCAUGUAGGCUUAUAAAAAUGACAGAGGUAUCAACAACAACAUUCAUCUUCCUGGGUCAUUGUAUUCAAGCCUGACGUAUUUACCCUGGCAAGUGAUGUGACAUGGAUUCACUCCGAAGUACAUAAUUCGACAUGAAAAUACUGAAUUAAACAUUUGUAGGAGUUAUGUUUGGUAUUUUCGACCCCAAAUCUCGAGUAUGUGAUCAAACAUCCAAACGUGCUCUUGAUCAACUCGUGUAAGUCAAAUAACCACAAGCACAUCUACUUUUUAGCUUUAAAGGAUGCCUGUUACACAAACAGAACCUCCUGUUUCAUCCCUAAAGGGAGCAUGCUCCUUGCUGUUGCUGAUGUUUGAGCCCAGGUCCCUGCAUAGACAUGACCACUGGUCUGAUAAGUGACUCAUUUGAUGCAAGAGAUUUGUUGGAAAAGGUCCAAGGCCUCGUGGAGAAUGGCUUGAGGCUUUGCAGACAAGAAGUGCACAACUGACUCUCCUAUUGUGAUUUUGAUAUUUUGUUUUCCGUUUUAGCACAACAGUAAUAAAGGAUUUUCUUUUCUUUUUUUAAGUUUAAAAAAAAUUGUCUACUUAGCAUGACUUUGAAAAUCUAUAUAUAAAAAAAAAAAGUAAAAAAUAUAAUUGGAAAAAAAUAUGUACUGGAAAUGUGUUAAAAUGAAGAAAUAUUGUAUUCUGUUAUGACAGAAUUAUUUUUAUUAAAAUACAUCCAUGAGCAUA